CUUCUUUUUCUAUUCUUUCUCCCUAACUCUGUCUUUCUCAUUCUCAACACUUUCUCGUAAGCUUCGUGAACGAUUUCCAACUGCUGUUAUCAAAAUGGGGGUUGAUUACUACAACGUGCUCAACGUGAAUCCAAGCGCAACCGAAGACGAUCUAAAGAAAUCGUACAGAAGGCUUGCAAUGAAAUGGCACCCUGACAAGAACCCAACUUCAGACAAGAAAGAAGCUGAAACCAAGUUUAAAGAGAUCUCUGAAGCUUACGAUGUUUUAAGUGAUCCUAACAAACGUCAGAUCUACGAUCAAUAUGGUGAAGAUGGACUUAAAUCUUCCGAUGUACCUACCGCGUCAGAAACGGUGUCGUCUCAGCAACGGAACUACUCUUCCGUUAACAAUGCUGGAUUCAGGUAUUAUCCACGUGAUGCUGAAGAUAUUUUCGCUGAGUUUUUCGGUGCAUCUGAGAAAGUCUUCGGCGGUGGUGGUGGUGGGAGGUUUAAAAGUGCGGAGGCGGGAGGUCAGACGAAUAGGAAAACUCCGGUGAAUAGGAAAGCUCCGGCUAUUGAGAGUAAACUGGCUUGUACUCUAGAGGAAUUGUAUAAAGGUGGGAGAAGGAAGAUGAAAAUUUCCCGCGUUGUUCCUGAUGGUUUUGGAAAGUCAAAGCCGGUGGAAGAGAUCUUGAAGAUAGACAUAACACCAGGAUGGAAGAAAGGAACAAAGAUAACAUUCCCCGAGAAAGGAAACCAAGAACCCGGUGUUACUCCCGCGGAUCUCAUCUUUGUUAUCGAUGAGAAACCGCACUCGGUUUACAAAAGAGACGGUAAUGAUCUGAUUGUAGAAAAAAAAGUUACUCUUUUGGAGGCGUUGACAGGGAUCACUAUAAGCUUAACGACAUUAGACGGGAGAAAUCUGACUAUCCCGGUUUUGGAUAUCGUUAAACCGGGUCAGGAGAUAGUGAUUCCUAAUGAAGGAAUGCCCAUCUCUAAAGAACAUUCCAAGAGAGGAGAUUUAAGAAUCAACUUUGAGAUAGGUUUCCCCGCAAGGCUAACAUUGGAACAGAAGACAGAUCUCAAGAGAGUUCUUGGUGGAAGCGGUAUUGGCAACUAAUUCAAGAUAAUCUUGAAUUCAAAUGUCAAUUCAGUGUGUACAUAUACAGAAUUGAUCGGUUUUUAUUUUCAGUUUUGAUCUCAUUUCUUGAUGGCGAAAUAGUAACAAAAAUUGAUCUUUCUUUUUUUGUAAACGCUCUCGAUGAUGUAAUCCAAUUUAUCCUGAUCCUUUAAAAUCUUCUUCUAGUAACCUUUGGUUUUUACCCUUUUUUUAUUUUUCUACCUUGAUAGGAAUAAAUUUUAUACCAAUGUGACUACCGCUUAAGAGAUUAUAGUUUUUGUGCUCAUGUCAAAACACAGAAUAAAUAACUCUUUUGUUUUUUUUUUGCGAUCAUGUCAAAACAUAGAAUGAGUGAUGAUGUCUCAAGGGUGUCCAAACAUAUUGUGACAAUUUUAUUCACUCUUUGAGAAAACGACAAACCAAAUGGUAUAAAACCCAAUUUCAAACAAUCAAACCACACUCACAAGUAAACUUCUUUUGUUUUGUUUUAAGGAAACAAAA